AUGGUUAAAAUAAGUGAAAUUAAUCGUACUUCAACUUUUGCCUGGAGUCUGGACAGUCUUCCUUUGUUAGCCACUGGAACUGUCGCGGGGGCCGUUGACAUUGACUUUAGUUCUUCAGCAACAUUGGAAAUUUGGGACAUAUUUUCACCAACAAGCAAAGACAAACCACUUUUCUCUGCACUGGUUGAGCACAAAUUCUACGCCUUAGCAUGGUCAAAGCCAUUUGACGGGAGAUCGAAAGGAUUGUUAGCAGGUGCUUUUGAAAAUGGAACUGUUGAAUUUUGGGACGUAGCUACGAUGAUCAAAACAAAAGACCUUGGAAAAUCGUCUGUCCAUAAAUCUGACAAACAUACUGGCGCCGUCAAAUCAUUGCAAUUCAACCCCAUCCAGCAUCAUGUGCUUGUGACUGGAGGCUCCAAUGGGCAAAUUUAUAUAUGGGACACCAAGAAGUUUACCGAACCGUUUGCACCGGGUCAAGCAAUGACGCCAAUGGAUGAGAUAAGUAGUGUUGCUUGGAAUAAUUCAGUAAGCCACAUUUUUGCAAGCACUGGCAACAGCGGAUAUACAUCCAUUUGGGACCUUAAAAGUAAAAAGGAAGUAUUGCAUCUUUCGUAUAACGGGCCAGGAGGAAGAGCAAACUUUUCCCAUGUUGCAUGGCACCCAACGAAGUCUACGCAAUUAGUUACUGCCAGUGAUAAUGAUUCUUGUCCUUUGAUUUUGACUUGGGAUUUGAGAAACUCAAACGCUCCAGAGAAGGUGAUUGAAGGGCACAAGAAGGGAGUUUUGUCUCUCGACUGGUGUAAGCAAGAUGCGAACUUGUUGAUUUCAUGUGGAAAAGACAAUGCCACUAUAUUGUGGAACCCCAUGGAAGGGAAGAAGUUGGUAGAGUACCCAACAACCGCAAAUUGGGCAUUCAAGACCAGAUUUGCUCCAUCGGCACCGGACAUUUUUGCUACCGCUUCAUUUGAUGGAAAGAUCACUGUGCAGACUAUUCAAGACACGUCACCACCGAUGUCAACCAAAGUUAAUGCAUCAAACAAUGACAAUGACUUUUGGAAUGAGCUAUCCGUCACCGAAACUCAACAGCCAAUUUUUGAAGUCAAGCAAGCGCCGGCUUGGCUCAAGAACCCUGUGGCUGUGUCUUUUGGGUUUGGAUCCAAGUUAGUAUCUGUUGAAAGUGUAAACGGAAAGUCCAUCGUUAAAAUUGAAAAGUAUCUGGCUGGAUUUAAAAAAGAGGGCAGUGACUUUGAGAACUUGAAAAAUGGCAAGUAUGAAACCAUUAUUGAAACUAGAUUAAAUGAUGGGACUGUAAAGGGGAAAAACCAAGUCGAUUGGGAGAUAUUGGAAACUUUUUCCAAAAGUGGAAAGGAUAAAUUGUUUGAAACUGAGAACGAUAAGGAAGAAACCGAGGCCAAAGGAGAGCCUCAAUUAGAAAACGAGGAUGGUUUGCGCGAAGAUGUCGCUGUCAACACAGAAGGCGAUGCCGAUUUCUUCGAGCACCUUGGUAAUGGCAAAGUAAAAUCCAAUGGUGACGAUUACGUACCUACUGGAAACUUUUCUAUUUUUAGGUCAAACGCAUCUGACGCUGACAAGAAAUUGAUCAAUUUGAUCUUGAGCAACAAGAUUGAAGAAGCGGUGGAGUCUUCUUUGGAUCAAAAAAAGUUGGUUGAAGCGUUAGUAUUGGCAUUGGAUGCAUCUGAAAAUGUUAAGCAAGCUGUGAAAACCGCCUAUUUCAAAAAGCACAAGGAGGAUAGUUUAGCCAGGGUUAUCUACAAUGUGUCUUCGAGGAACGUUACUGAUCUUGUUGUACAUGCCAAUGUUCGUGAUUGGAAAGAGAUUGCCAAAGGAAUAGCCGCUAUUUCCACAGACUCUCAAGAUUACAAUAAUAAGUUGUCUGAGUUGGGAGAUCGUAUCUUGAAUUCAAGUGAUGGAAAGAGAGAAGAUGCAAUCACAUGUUACUUGGCGGGUGGUGCUUUAGACAAAUUGGCCAAUCUUUGGUUACAAGAAUUACCAGAGUACGAAUCAGAGUUGUUGCAUUCUGACGCAAAAGAAAUUUCAUCGCCUUCCGAAGCGCGUUUACAUGUUUUGACAAACUUUGUUGAAAAGAUUGCCACUUACAAGUUUUAUUCCAAAAAUGAUGGUACUAUCACGGGUCCACUGGCUGAGCCUAUUUCGAAAGCGUUGUUGGAAUUUGUAAAUCUCGUUUCUGGUUCAGGUGAAUUUGAAUUGGCGGAAAAGGUUUUACAAUUAUUGCCAAGCGAGCUUGCUGGAGUUGAGAAAGAAAGGAUUUUAAAAGCCACUGGAAAAGAUGUUAGCUCCUCAGUCAGAGCUUCGGGUGCAAACAAGUCCUCCUCUAAAACUCCAGGUGUGGGAAUUGAGCAAAAAACUGUAAGACAAGCUUCUGUUGCCAAAUCUAGAGCUCCUUACCCAGCUGCAACCAAUUCAGGUUUACAACAAGAAGGCUUUCAAUACCAAACCCCUCCAGUUCCUACUCAACAACCAGCGGGAUUUCAAUAUUCAAACCCACCAUUAUCUCAACAGCCUCCAGUAGCUUUCCCUCAGCUGAAUUACCCAUCGGCGGUGCCCAAGACAAAUCCAUAUGCAAAACCCAACCCAUAUGCACCAACAAACAUCUACAAAGCUGCAUCCCCUGUGGCCACCCCUACCGCAUUGCAUAAUCCAUCGGGAGCCCCUCCACCACCUCCACCUGCUGCUGCUGCUUCUUCUUCUUCUUCAGCUCCUAGAAGCAGCAAGCUGGAAACUGAUGGGUGGAAUGACUUGCCGGAAACAUUCAAACCAAAGACAACUGCUCCACGUAGGGCUGCUGCUGCUGCCGCUGUGGCUGUUGCUAGUCCAGCUCCUGGUACUGUGCCCCUUGCAUCUGUACCUCCAUUGCCAACCCAACAAAGUCAAACGAGCUUGAAUACUUCCUUUGCCCCUCCGAAGAGAACAGUCUCAACAACGGGUUUUGCACCACCACCAAAAACUAGCAGCCGUAGCGCAUCUAGAACUUCAAUCCCAACUCAACAAGUGCCAUCGCCAAAGCCAACCCCAACGAGCAAAUAUGCCCCACCACCAGGUUCUGAACAGCCGCCGCAGCUGGGAACUCCAAAUUUCGGUGCGCCACCAACAGCUGCUGCAUCUCCUCAUGCGGUUAAGAAGAACCCAUAUGCUCCAACAAGUGAACCAGCACCAGCAAAGGUUCCGUAUGCAUCCCCUCCUCCAUUAGCUUUUGGAGCACAGCCAACGCCAGCCGUUGCACCACCAAAGAAUCCAUACGCUCCACCUCCACAAAUGCAGAACAACUUACCCCAUGUAUCAGGCGUUCCAGCACCUGAUGCGGGUUCAAGAUUUGGAACUGCAGCUCCACCCCAACAGCCAUUUGGAAUAAGCCUGAGCACUCCGGUUCAGCCACCAUUCACCCCAGUGGCACCUCCCCCAACUGGUCCGGUACGCCCACCUGUGUCGGUGAACAAUCAGCCACCAGCUGCUGCUGCUGUCCCUGAUAGAUACCCUCAAGGUGAUAGAUCGCAUAUAUCCGAAGAGACGAAACCAAUCUUCACUUCUUUGACCAAGGUCAUGGAGGCAAUUAAACCAAAUAUUCCAGAAAAGUUUGCAAAACAUAGCGCUGAUAUGGAACAUAGAUUAAACAUCUUGUUUGAUCAUUUGAAUAACGACGAUUUGUCCAAGCCCCUUGCCGGUUCUUUGAAAGAGGUCAGUGCUUUGUUGGAGGAUAAAAAGUUUGACGAAGCUAAUGCUAUCGACGUUGAAAUUUCUACAAAUUUUAGUGACGAGUUAGGUAACUGGCACACGGGUCUCAAACGUCUUAUUAGAAUGGCGGAAGCGAUGUAUUAG